AUGAGGUAUUCUAAAGGUCGCGGCCAAAAAUCAUUCAAAGGUUACAUCGCAGUAUUUGUAUGCAUGUGCACAAAAGCAAUUCAUUUAGAGGCAGUAAGCGACUUAUCAUCAGAAGCAUUUAUAGCUGCAUUAAAAAGGUUCUUUUCAAGGCGUGGGAAGAGUGCACAUUUAUAUUCAGAUAAUGGCACUAAUUUUAUUGGCGCAUUAAAAAAAUUAGAUAAAGAGUUUGGAAAUGCGAUCAAAAAUAAUACAUCGAUGGUACCAAUUCUUGCAGCAGAAAAAAUUGAAUGGCAUUUUAUUCCUCCGGCAAGUCCGUAUUUUGGCGGUAUAUGGGAAGCUGCUGUAAAAUCCGUAAAAUAUCAUUUGAAGCGCGUAAUAGGUGAAACAAAACUAACAUUUGAAGAGAUGACUACACUUCUAAAUCAAAUUGAAGCAGUACUCAAUUCACGACCACUUUGCUAUACAAGUAGCGAUAUAGACAGUAUUGAUGUUCUUACACCUGGACAUUUCUUAAUAGGUCGUCCAAUAUUAGACGAACCAGAAACUGAAGUCAAAAAUAAUAUAAGUUUAAUAGACCGUUGGAAACUUGUACAAAAAAUUAAAACAGAUUUUUGGAAAAAAUGGAAAAAUGAAUAUGUCACGUCUCUACAAAAACGAAACAAAUGGUUUAGAGAAAAACCGAACUUAGCAGAGGGGCAAGUAGUAUUUAUUAAAGACGAAAAUACCGCGCCUACUAGAUGGCCAUUAGGAAAAAUUACAGAAGUAUUUAAAGGUAAGGAUGGAAAAGUAAGAGUAGUAGAGCUUAAAACUAAAAAUGGAAAAUUAAAAAGACCAAUUCACAAACUUGCUGCUUGA